GCCCUGAAGCCAGCCCCCUGUCUUUUGCCAAGACCUACCCCUAGGCAGCCCCAAGUGGGCAGCUGAAGGCUGUGGCUGGAAUCCCAAGACUGAGAUGGGGCCCCGGCUGGGGCCUAAGGCUGCCAGCGUCUGCCAGGGCCCGUGGCUCCUGCUCCUGUGGGUCUCAGCCCUGAGCUGUUGCGUUUCCUCGCUGGCUUCUCCCUCUCCUUCUCUGGUGCCCAGAAUCAGAACCAGCUACAAUAUUGGAAGGACUUUCCUCGGUCUUGAUAAAUGCAAUGCCUGCAUCGGGACAUCGAUUUGCAAGAAGUUCUUUAAAGAAGAAAUAAGGUUUGACAGCUGGCUGGCCUCCCACCUCGGACCGCCUCCAGACCACCUACCUUCUUACCCUGCAAAUUACUCAGAUGAUUCCAAAACCUGGCGCCCUGUGGAGGUGUCGAGGCUGGUCAGCAAACAGCAAAGUGACAUCUCGGACAGGAGAAUCUGUGCCUCUGCAGCAGCCCCAAAGACCUGCAGCAUCGAGCGCAUCCUGCGGAAAACAGGGAGGUUCCAGAAAUGGCUGCAGGCCAAGCGCCUCACGCCGGACCUGGUGCAGGGCCUGCCCACGCCCUUCCUGCGCUGCCCAUCACAGAGACUCCUGGACCGUGUGGUCCGGCGCUAUGCUGAGGUGGCCGACGCUGGCAGCAUCUUCAUGGACCACUUCACAGACCGAGACAAGCUCCGUCUGCUCUACACGCUGGCUGUCAAUGCACAUCCCAUCCUCCUGCAGAUCUUUCCCGGUGCCGAGGGCUGGCCGCUGCCCAAGUACCUGGGCUCCUGCGGCAGAUUCCUCGUGAGCACCAGCACCAGCCCUUUGAAGGAAUUCUACGGCGCGGCCCCGGACCAGGCGGCCGACCUGGCCUACCAGCUCCUCGGGGUCCUCGAGUCCCUGAGGAACAACGAUCUGAACUACUUCUUCUACUUCACCCACGUCGAUGCGGGCAUGUUUGGCAUCUUUAACAAUGGGCAUCUGUUCAUCCGGGAUGCCAGCGCCUUGGGCGUCAUCGACAGGCAGGAAGGCAGCCAGGCAGCCGUCGGGCCAGAAGAGAGUCAAGACAUCUUCAGCUGCCUAGUUUCCGGCUGCCAGGCCCAGCUGCCCUCCUGCAACGCCAUCCCCGAGACGCAGAGCCUGGCACUGGUGUGUCGGCAGGUGCUGCCUCACCUUCUCCAGGGCAAGUUCCCCUCCCCCGUGCAGGACGAGAUAGACACCGCCCUUGCUCAAUGUGGGGAGGAGGCCAGCCCAGACCCCCAAGUUCUCGGGGCCGCCAGCCGCCUGAAGGACAUCUUGAGGCCCCUGAGAACCUGUGACCCCAGAUUCGCCUAUCGCUACCCGGACUGCAAGUAUAAUGAUAAGUUCUGAGGGGCCUUUGCUGGCCCCCGGGGACCACAGCCUUGACCCUUCCCCUUGCCCAGUCGUGUUGCUGCAAGGUACAAAGAGGCAGCUGUUUAUUGGCCUUUAUUAAGAAGCGCCUGGCUGGCUCAGCUGGUUGAGUGUCAGAUCAUGAUCUCUCAGUUUGUGAGUUGGAGCCCCUCAUUGGGACAUUAGGAGAGAUGCACGUUCAUUUCCCAGGACCCAAGGAACAUGCCGACAGCCAGAGGGGCUGGGCAGUGGAAGACUCUGGUGGGGACACUCACUGGACCUCUCGUAGUCUUGGUGUCCCCUGUUGUCUGCCAAACUCACGGGUGAGUGAAAGAAGACAGGGAUGUGAAGGGCCAAGGACAUAUGUCGGUGGUUACAAAGAGUGUUCCAGAAGUGUGCCCAGGUGGGGCAAAGGAGGCAGAGUCCUGGAAGUGGAGGCUGGCAGGCAGGGGGAAGGUGAGGUCCUCUGGCCAGGCCCGCGUUAGACUCAAACACGAGGGGCCUCCUUCCUGCUGUCUAGCCCUCCUGCUGUGCUCCCCUACUGUCCUGGGGGGAGGGGACGCAUGGACAGGGCCACACUCUGGGUACCUGGGGUCCCAUGUGCUCGGGUGAGGCACCUCAUGGUGUGGGGAAGAGCCAAGGGUGAGAGGCGAUGACAGGUGGGCUGGCGGGGGAGGGGCGUCAUGUUCGUCCAGGAGCUCUAAGAAGCAGGUGUCAGGACAGAGUGAGGUGGGCGAGAGUCGUGUCCAAGAAGAUGCCCAUGUGGAGGACAAGAAGGAUGUACUGCAAGUCUGAGCCCAAGCGAGGGAGGGAAGGUCAGUGCAAGCAUUGGGACGCUGGCAUCAGCACAAGCUAAAAGAAGGUUCGGCAAGGCCGCCAGGGGUGUCCUGGAGGGAAAAGCCAGCCAUCAGAGGAGCCCCGAGUCUCCUCAGGCUGGACAGCCCUGACAUCCCUGCUGCACUCGGUCGUUGGCAGUAAAUGACCUGUGGCGAGCAUGGCCUUGACCUAACCACAGAGAUGGACUUCCAAGUGCAGUGCAGGGCCUGCCUCGAGCUCAGCUCCCUGGAGUGGGAGGUCUGUGAGGACACUGCAGCCACAGCCGGGGCUCCAGGCCAGCUCUGUCCUCACAAAUAGCCUCCCGUACAGGAGGCUAAGGAAUCUGAGAAUGUUCACUCCAACUUGGCCUUAUAGGUCAUUAUAAAAAUUGUGGGGGAGGACGCCUGCAUGGCUCUGUUAAGUGUCUGACUCUUGACGUCAGCUCAGGUCAUGAUCUCAUGGUCCGUGAGGUGGAGCCCCGAGUCGG